AUGGAGGGAAACGCACACCUCCUCCAGGUCAUCCGCAAGAUGCAUUCCCAAAUCAACAAGCUGGAAAGGGAAAACAGGGCUCUGAGGGGAGAGCUGCAGGUCUGCGGGCAGAGAGCUGUGCCACCGGAGACAGAGACAGCAAGAAGAGGUGGGAACGAUGACGUGAGGAGCCUCGCCAGUGAUGGGGAAGGACCAGCUGGCUCUCCAGCAUCCCUGCACGGAAGUAUUGUGGCCGGUCCUGCUCCAGCACCAAAGGAGCAGACAGAUACCACCAUGACUGUGCGGCGCUACUCCACUGCCUCGCCAGUGCCCGCUCCUUCCAGCGCCAGGUCCCACUGGGCCGGCGAGAGGCCCCUGGGCAGCGGGCUCCCGGCCAUGCCGGGCACUGCCCGGCCACCGGCCCCUCCUGCUGCGCCACAGCCCCCCGGCGGCGAGCAGAAAGGGCUGGAAAAUCCGCCGGCCACCUGUCCCUCCUACAGCCACUCCAGCAAAGUGAAGCUGUUUCAGGAGCAUGUCUAUAAGUGCAGGGGUAAAAUAAAGGCUGUUAGUUUCCUCUUACCAAUGGAUAUGCCAUCAUAUGCUGAAAAGCAAGGUUACCUCCAAAGCCCGCAAAAUCAGAGCACAAAGCAGCUAACCACCAUUGCUGAAAAGGAUAUGUGAGCUGGUGAAUUUUUAAAGGCCCAUUGAUUCUCAAGAUAAAUUGGCCUUAAAUGAUAGCUGUGUGUCAGGUUCCUUUCCUUCAAAACGCUUUGGCAGGAUGCCUGCAGACAAUCACCCAGCUGGUGUUUCGGGUCACUGCCCUGAUGUUUAGCAUGGAAAUGGAAGCCACGACAAAGCUGUCCGGGAGCCCAUACACCAUGAUGAAGCCACAUGAUAGCAAAGGUACCUCCACAAAGUAGCUUCUGCACAACAUGCCUCCAGGAUCUCUUAUCUUAGGACUACUGCAAACAGGGUGUUGAAGCAGGUUUCAAUGUGUUUGUCACAAAAAGCAGAAAUUAUGUCACUGCUUGUGUUUGCUGAUUCCCUUGCCAGAAAGGUUUUUGACGCAAAUGACAAAAUAAGAGCUAUUAAAGAGCCUGUGAGAUUUUCUCUGUAUAUAAACUGUAAAACUUCACAGUACUAAUACAGCAAAGUUAAGAAGGCAUUACAGUCAGUUAAUGUUACUCUGACUUUCUGCAAAGCUUGGCAAUGACUGUUUAUGUCCAUUCGGGGUUCAACUCUGAGGGGGCUCAGGCGAGAGUAAGUACUAAUCAGUACGAAAAUGUGACUUCAAAUCUGUUUCUGACUUGAUGUGUUCAUCCAGCCAGAGACUAAAGACUGUAGACCAAGUCAAAAUCAUGAAUAUCAGACUUUUUCAGGAACAGCUUCUCAGCAUGGCUUGGAUCAUGGCAAAACUCAUUAGCAGAAAUUCAGCAAACAGGUGUAAAAUGAGAGAGAAGUACAAACAGCUUGGAAAAAAUGAAGAGUGCUUCUUAGUUCAAGGCAUAUGAGUAAAUAUAGUGUCCCACAUGUUUAUUUUGAUUACAAGUAUUUAUGGAACCAAAAUACUGCACAUUGCUAUUUCUUUAUGUACAGGCAGCACUGAUAUUUGAAUGUUGUAUAGAGAAUGCAUGAAUAGUAGAUAUCUGUACCAGUAGCUUUAAGGAAGUUUUUAAUCUCAUUGUCUACUCUUGAGCUUUCACAAGUGAAAGCAGAGAUCUGGUGAAAAAAAAUCCCUUCUGGAUUUUCUGUGAAGUUGUAUACUUGUAUAAAAAUCUGCGCUCCUUUUUUCAUUUUGAAAUUCACUGUGUUUUGUAUAUUCAUUUUUAAUAUAUUCUAACCAAUUACAUAAUAAUUUUAAUUUCACUGCUAUUUUAUAUGUGGAUUUUUAUGUUCAGCUUGGGUCCAUACAGAGUUGCAUUGUAAUGUCGGAAGUAAUGAAUUGAUGACUUCCAGCAAACGAGGUUGCAGUUUGGAAAGUUUACUGAACAGCUCAUUUUAGAAGGCAUUUACAGGGAAGUGCUUUUAAAAUAUUUUAAAGAAAGCUUCCUUGUCAGAAACUAAACACUGCAUAUGUGUUCAGUUAAGUACCUAAAUCCAGCUGAUUUUACUUAGCAAAGUAACAACAAACAUCUUUGAAAAUCUGGCUCCUAGACCUUUAAGGUACCCAAGCUUUUGAGAGUUUGUGUUUAAAUGCCAGAUUUAAUGGGAUUGGGGAAUUCAUAUGCUCUAGGCAGCUUUCAAAAGCCUCAACUUUUAAGUUUUCUAAGCCUCAGCUUCCAUGAAGCAGCAGUGGGACUUUUCUUCUCCCACCCUUUUUGUGUCAAUUCAAUGUAGUUAUGUCCCUGACAGUAAGACUGUAUUAUUAGUAUGUAUACGACAAUGUCAGUUGUAGUGGGCUGCUGAUUUUGAUGUCACACAAAUACAUGCAACUUUGUGUAUGGUUAAGAAAUUAAACUCACCAGACAUUUAUUAGAGGUA